AUGAACCCGGAGCAAUUACUAGAUUGCGAACGAGUGGCUAUACAGGUGGCCAUAGGGGCGGGCGCUAUGAUGCGAACGGCCAGACAGGCCGGGCGUCUAGAAAUAUCGACCAAAGACUUCUCCAAAGAUCUGGUGACCGAAACGGACAAACAGGUGGAGCGUUCGGUCUUCGACAGAAUUAGACAGCACUUCCCUAACCACCGGUUCAUCGGUGAAGAGUCCCGGUUUGAGGGCAUAGGUGGUGAAAAAGGUCUGACCUCUGAGCCCACGUGGAUCAUAGACCCCAUCGACGGUACCAUGAAUUUCGUGCACAACAACCCCCACACAUGCGUUAGCAUAGCGUUGGCCGUCGGCGGCCAACCGGUAGUUGGUGUGGUGUACGGACCGUUUCUGGACAAGCUAUACACCGCCCGGUCGGGGGCCGGCGCCCGGUGUAACGGUCAACCUAUAUCUGCCCGGAAAAACUGCCGCCAACUGUCCGACGCUUUGGUAAUUGCAGAGCCGGGCAUUUUUAAGGAUCCUGACGAUCGCCGCCGCGAUUUGGCCAACAUUAAUGCAAUUGUCUGGAAGUCACAUGGGCUCAGGUGUAACGGCUCGGCUGCCCUACAACUCUGUUGUCUGGCUGAAGGGUCGGCCGACGCCCUCUGGCAUUGGGGUAUACAUGUGUGGGAUUACGCGGCCGGAGGUCUCAUAUUGACUGAGGCCGGGGGUGUAGUGUUGGACACUCAAGGAGGGCCUGUUGACUGGUGCCGUAGACGUGUCAUAGGCGCCAGUUCACUCGAGUUGGGUCAAGAGUUGAGUGCAACCCUAGUCGAGCAUUUAGAGUUUGAACGUGAUUAG